AUGCAAUCGUUAUAUGAUGAAUUGAGAAUUAACAUAUUUAAAUACGUAAUUACACCAAGUUCACUUGUAGUUACCAACAGGGAAUGGUUCGCUAUUUCUCAAGAUCCUCACGCUAAAGCAGAAUGGUUGAUUAAUAAAUAUGGUAAGGCUCAUGCCUUAUUUCAUGCAGUAAGGCUCAGAAACUUUAUGACGGACAAUGUUGUACAAGCUUUAAUAGCAAGAGAUGCCAUAAUAUCUAGGUAUUUUGUGCAACGCUUAUUAAUGCAUUUUGGAACUAUCGAUGAAAAACUUACCAAGCAAAAAAUCGAAUAUAAUGUACAUAAUGUAAAUAAUCGUUCCCCUUGGAAGAAAUCUUGGGCGAGUAAUUUAACUAUACCAGUUUUUACUAAUUUAAUUACUAAAUGUUAUGAAAUUUUAAAUGAUAAUGAACUUGCUGCAAAAGGCAAUGAUAUGGAAUUAUUCCAUUUUUUAUCAGCUGGUCCACUUACUAUAUAUCAUGCUCCUCAAAGGCUUUAUCAAAAUCUUGUUGAUAUUAAAGAUUUAAUCUUAAAUAGAAAAUUUGUACCUUUUCCACCUCGUAAAAAACCUAUUUAUGAAGAUACAAUAGAAUUUAUCCAAUUGAUACAAGACAGGGCUCAAGAAGAUUAUCCACCAAAAGAUGGUUAUGAAAAUAGUCGUCAACUAAACGUUAUUGCUAGAGCAAUAUUAAUUUAUCCUGAUUUAGUUAUCAUGUGGAAAGAAAUUGGGUAUUACGAAAUUUGUAGUGACUUGAAUGAACUCGUGAUGCAAGGAGCUUUAUUAAUUUUAUUCCCUCCUACUCCGCCAAUUAAUUGGGUAUGUCCUAAUGUAGAUACUGUUAUUAAACGUUUAAAACAACUUAUUGAUCUCGGAUUUCAAUUAAAUGAUAUCGUAAUGGAAGAUGCAUUACACAUAUUUGAACAUAGGUUAGAUAGAUUUGGGGACAUUUUAAUGGAUUCAUUUCAUAGAAUUCAUAAAAGAUCAAUAUCAUCUAUUGCAAGUUCUUGUAUUACUCAAGCAAUAAAACCUGAGAGAAAUCAUAGAAAAACAGAUUUAUUAGAAUUUUUAAUCAGUAAAAUCGAUGAACAACCUGAAAAAGCUCUUAAUGAUGCAUUAGAACAUUAUAAUGUUGGAUUUAAUUAUGAUAAUAAUUCAAUAAAAUCAGUAAAAAUGAGAUCAUCAUCCGUUCAUUCAAAUGUUUAUUAUUGGAUACUUAAAAAAUAUGGAUCAAAUUCUGAAAUUACACAAAAAUGUUUUGAAGAUAUUCUAGAAUCAAGAAUUUGGAUAGAUUUAAAAUUACAAGAAACUCCUGGAAUAGAGAUACCAGAUCAUCUUACUAAAUGCGCAUUUAAUAGCAUUUGUUCUAUUUACCUCGAAUUUUGUAAUGAAAGAAUUCCAUUUAAAGCAAAUCAUUUAUCAUAUUUAAAAUUGGUUGAAAAUGAAGAAAUUAUUAAACCAUGUUUUGAAUUAAGCUUGCCAAUUUUGUUCGGGCUAGAAUUAAAUUCUAAACUACCAUAUGAUAUAAAUUACGAGUGUAACAGACCAGAUAUUAAUAAUUAUCAAAAUAAUAAUAGUAAGAGAAAGUAUAAUGAUAUGGACGAACAACUAGAUAGGAACGAAUGGAUUAAAUCAUUAGAAUUAUAUAAUAAUCAAAUUACUGUAAAUAGUAUAGUUAUUACAUCAUCUUUUAAAAAUAAUUUUAAAAUAUUUUGGGAAAGAAUUAAAUCAUCACGAAUUUUGGAAAUUAAUAAUGAUGAAAUUAGUUCAAAAAGGUCUAAACAAUAA